AUAGGAACCUCAGAUACAACACCAAAAACAGAAAGAUGGCCGCCAUUGCAACUAGAUUCCCGUUGAAUCACCGGAAUUUAGCGUACGGUUGCCCCGAAUUCAAGUUCCCGGAGCAACCCGAUUCGCUUGGAUCCGAUAUGGAGUUGGAGUUUCUCGAAGACAGUGACCAGGGAAUCCUGGGAAACUGCGACGGCGAUAAAUUUCGAGGUAACAACGAUGGAAAUGUAGAAGGUGACGACGACGAUGACGGGAAAGAAAACGACGGAGGUAGCGAUGAAAAUAGCAAGAGUUUCUGGGAGAGCCAGCACCAGGCUUUACAGAAAACUUUGUUUAGAACUAGCUCUAUAGAAUUGAGAAUUAGGAACGCUACAAAGGAAGCUCUGAAAGAUAUUCAGACGGAAAGAACCGUUUGUGCUUGCCGGAAAUCAUCAACGGCGGAAAAUUGCCGGAGUUGUCUCAUGAGAGAGGUUUGUAGUCGGCUCCAAAACGCCGGUUUCAACAGCGCCGUUUGCCGGACUAAAUGGAGAAGCUCCCCAGAUAUCCCUUCAGGGGAGCAUAAGUUUGUGGAUGUGAUAGAAAAUUCAAGAAAAGGUGAAGUAAGGGUAAUAAUCGAGUUGAAUUUCAGAGCAGAGUUCGAGAUCGCAAGAGCAAGUGAAGAUUACAAUCGUUCAGUCCAAAGAUUACCAGAAGUUUUCGUCGGUAAAGUUGAGAGAUUAAGCAAUGUGAUCAAAAUCUUGUGUUCGGCUGCCAAGAAAUGCAUGAAGGAAAAGAAAAUGCACAUGGGGCCAUGGAGGAAACAGAGAUACAUGCACGCCAAGUGGCUAAAAUCAUGCGAAAGGAACACGUCGACGCAGUCCUUUCCGGUUGGAUGUACCGGCAGCCGGUUGACGAAGCCGAGAGCGUCGAUGUUGACUGAAGAUUUGCUCGGAAAGUUAUCCAACGUGCGUUGUACAGCACUCGAGGUUGUAUAGAUGAUGAAUACUACUGAUACGCAAAUUUCAUAUGAGGUUGCGUUAUAUGGAUAAAUAAUGAUAGAUAUGAUCCAGAAAUGAGGGUUCUCGUCGGAAUUUUUGUUCUUUUUCUUACAUGUUUUUGCUUGAAUGUAUGAUGUUAAAAAAUCUGGUUCAGAAAGUUACAGAUUUGAUGACAGAAUAUGGUGAGUUAUGCAG